UGUUGCUCAUGCUGUGGAAGGAGUCAGAUCUCACCCCUGGUACUGAACCAUCUGCUGCAUUUGAAGUUCACGAAUAAUAUGGGAGAGCAAGUGGUUUUUGAUAGGUUUGGGGACGUAACAGGGAAUUACUCAAUUAUCAAUUGGCACCUGUCACCAGAGGACAGCUCCAUAGUGUUUGAGGAGGUUGGACACUACAAUGUUAACGCCAAGAAUGGAGAGAGGUUAUUUAUCAAUGAAGACAAGAUUUUGUGGAACGGAUUCUCCAGAGAGGUGCCAUUCUCUAACUGUAGCAGAGACUGCUUGCCAGGCACAAGGAAAGGCAUUAUUGAGGGACAGCCUACCUGUUGCUUCGAAUGUGUUGAAUGCACGGAUGGAGAGAUCAGUGACGAGACAGAUCCCAGUAAUCGUGAGAAGUGUUCUGAAGACUCCUGGUCCAAUGAGAACCAUACUGUUUGCAUUCCCAAGCAAAUCGAGUUUUUGUCUUGGACAGAGCCAUUUGGCAUUGCUCUCACUCUUUUUGCAGUGCUAGGCAUUUUCCUAACCUCAUUUGUCCUGGGAGUCUUUACCAGAUUUCGGAACACACCCAUCGUCAAGGCUACCAACCGCGAACUUUCUUACCUUCUCCUCUUUUCCUUCUUGUGCUGCUUUUCCAGCUCCCUUUUUUUCAUUGGCGAACCCCAGGACUGGAACUGCCGCUUGCGGCAGCCGGCCUUUGGCAUCAGCUUUGUCCUCUGCAUCUCAUGCAUUCUGGUGAAGACUAAUCGUGUCCUCCUGGUCUUUGAGGCCAAGAUUCCCACAAGCCUCCAUCGCAAGUGGUGGGGCCUUAACCUUCAGUUCCUCCUGGUCUUCCUCUGCACUUUUGUGCAGAUAGUCAUCUGCGUCAUCUGGCUUUAUACAGCUCCCCCCUCCAGCUUUCGCAAUCAUGAGCUGGAGGAUGAGAUCAUCUUUAUCACCUGCAACGAAGGCUCCUUGAUGGCACUGGGCUUCCUGAUUGGCUACACCUGCCUCCUGGCUGCCAUCUGCUUCUUCUUUGCUUUCAAGUCCCGCAAGCUGCCUGAAAACUUCAAUGAGGCCAAAUUCAUCACUUUCAGCAUGCUGAUUUUCUUCAUUGUCUGGAUCUCUUUCAUCCCAGCCUAUGCCAGUACCUAUGGCAAGUUUGUUUCUGCUGUGGAGGUGAUCGCUAUCCUGGCUGCCAGCUUUGGGCUCUUGGCUUGCAUCUUCUUCAACAAGGUCUACAUCAUCCUCUUCAAGCCCUCGAGCAACACCAUCGAGGAGGUGCGCUGCAGUACCGCUGCCCACGCAUUCAAAGUAGCAGCCAGGGCCACGCUGUGGCGCAGCAACGUGUCUCGCAAGAGGUCCAACAGUCUCGGUGGCUCCACAGGCUCCACCCCCUCCUCAUCCAUCAGUAGCAAAAGCAACCAUGAGAACCCCUUUGCCCAGCCAACUCCUAUUGAGCAGCAGCCGCCGCCGCCGCAUGGAUGUAAGCAAAAAGUGAGCUUUGGAGGUGGGACGGUCACUUUGUCGCUGAGCUUCGAGGAGCACCAGAAGAAUGCAGUAGCCAACAGAAACGCAAAGCACAGGAACUCUUUGGAAGCCCAAAACAGUGAUGAUAGCCUCAUGCGGCAUAAAGCACUGCUUCCUCUGCAGUCCAGUGAGCCACUAGGCACCGAGCCCAAUUUCCAGGCACCCUCAAAUCAAGACACCAAUGCACAGGAACCAGUAUUGGGAGAAACCAAGGAAGGAAGACAGAACUUAGAAGAAGAGCAGCCUCCCUUGUCAGCCACAUACUUGCAGAGUUUUGUAGGCAGUGACUCUGUCAUAGAGAAUACCAUCCAUUCUUAAUCAAGGAGGGACCAAUUCCCCCUGCUUUUCUCCUGAAUGGGGAAAAGGACUGGAAAUGUCUGUUCCACAGCCGACCGCUUCUAUUAGAAUCAGCAGAGUAAACUCACCUCCAAAGGAAGCGGGGGGGAAGGUUUCAGAAAUGUGUGUCUAGUGAUCCUUUUCAUGAAACUCUGAGUUAGUCCAUUGCAACAAAUGUGUUCAAAUUUUGCCUUUGUGCAAAUUGCUCAAGUCCAACAUUACUAGGCUGACGUAUUCUUGUGCAGUGUGUCAGCCAACGGUUCUGUGCUGGAAGAACCCUGGCGACUUACAGCAUUACGCAUAUGCUGGGAAGGUGUAUUGUACUGACACAGUAGUGCCAGUAUCAUUAAAACAAGGAGAGGGGAAACAUGCUAUCUACUAUAAUCCUAACCCUGAACAUUCUGCUGGUCACAAAAUCUGCCCAUCUAUCAAAUUUUCCUGAGAUUUGGUAUAUCUAAACUAGCUGACAAGUACCACCACUUCUCCAAAUGCCAUGAAGAUCCAUUGGGAAAUGGCCAAGUUAUAGCAGUUUGAACAUGUGUAUGGGGUUUUCAAUUGAACUUUCAUCAUUCAU